GAGACGAUAUGACAGGAAGGAGAAACUGCUGAUCGGAGCGCCGGCUGCAAGUCACACGGGAGAGGGGAGCAGGAGAGCCUACGAGCCGCAAGGGGGGCCCAGCUAGUGCGUUCCCGUUGAGCCGCUGCCCUGCAGUCUUGCUUCGGUCGGGAGCUGCGGAGAGUGGGGUGACGCAUUUGUGGGGUUCGGAUGUGACGGUGAGGAGAUCUCUCCGGGAUCCCUUGGUUCCGUUACUGGGCGGAAGAGAGAAUUGAGUGUAGUGGCGCUUCCCUGCUGCGCCUUCCUGUCGCCCUUCUCUCCUCGCCCCCCGGAGCCUGCGGAGUGAAACUUUAUCCCUAUAGCUGGGGGGGAGGCUCCGCGUAUCGCACAGCCUUGUGUCCCACAGCCUUCGUCUCCCUCCCCCACCAGCCUUCCCUCCCCCAGUGUGUGUGUGUAGUGCCCGCAGCCCGGUAUCCGGAACCCGCAUGUCCCAGCUGGUCUGUGUGCGCAGCACCCCCGGGCCCCGCUAGAUCUACCCGCCCCCCCUUUGGAUUUAACUGGGACAUUGUGACACUCAAUAUCGCCCGGCCUUGCCCCCCCUACGGCUGCCGAGAUGUCCAGCUCCGUCCCAGCGGAUAUGAUUAAUUUGCGCUUAAUCUUAGUAAGCGGCAAGACAAAAGAGUUCCUGUACUCACCGAAUGAUUCGGCGGCAGAUAUUGCUAAGCACGUAUAUGAUAAUUGGCCCAUGGAUUGGGAGGAGGAACAAGUCAGCAGUCCAAAUAUACUUCGGCUUAUAUAUCAAGGACGAUUUCUUCACGGCAAUGUGACUUUAGGAGCCUUAAAACUUCCCCUUGGCAAGACAACAGUGAUGCACUUGGUCGCCAGAGAGACAUUGCCAGAGCCAAACUCUCAAGGUCAGAGAAACCGCGAGAAGACCGGGGAGAGCAAUUGCUGUGUAAUCCUGUAAAUCCCGACGUGUCUGCGAAGUGUGAUGUAAUAUAGUCUUUGUCUUUCAUGCUGCUGGAAUAGAGGAGACCAUCGCUUCACAGAUCCUUAGAACAACAACCCGUCCGUCUCUCCAUGGACCUUAGACAUGACAAGAACACGUUCAUAGAACUCUUUUCUCAAGAGAUCCAGAACAUUCAUUCUGACUUUUUAUUUUCUUGCAGAGUAACUUUGUAUGUCGUAGUAUUUUCAUUUCUGAAUGCAUUCAGUCUCCGGGGUGGGGGUGGGGAAGGAAACAAAAAAAAAAAA